AUGCCAGUUCCUAGGCACCCCAUCUUGAGCUUCCCUUCCCAGCAAGAAUCUGAUGAUUCUUCUCUUGAAUUUCUUGAUGAAGGAGGUUUCCGUUAUCCGUUCACAUCCCCCUUCCCAAAUGCCACUCACCGCCCCUUCCUCAUCCCUGGACCCCCGGACUCCUCAAAUAGUGACGCUAUAGUCUUGCACCAGUUUCCUGGACCCCUAAAACUCCCUCAGGCCUCAGAAGCAAUGACCAGACCUUACCACAUUGCUCCUGCUCAGGUAUUCCCAUCCUCGUCACCUAUGAAUACCUCAUCAUCUCCAAACCCUGACAGUCCCCUUGCCACGUCCACUGAUUCCCCCAGUAUGCCGCCCCUUGCCUCUGACAUCUCAGACAAUGGUAGCCUUGAUCACGCUCCUAACCUACGGCUACUAGCCAAUGUCAGCGAAUAUGUCACGGCAUUGGAAGGAUACAGCAGCGAUCCCCAAGAAUUUAUAGUCUACAGCGACAAUGACAUCCAGCAACCCUCCAAUGACAUCACUCAACACUGGCAAUCCAUCCCCUUCGACACCUCCACCCCAGUUCAAGAUGUCAACCCCUUGGAACGCGUGCUACCUUACUUCCCUGGAGCAUAUGCCACCACUGUUACUCAACCCCCUAUGGGCAUUCCUAUUAAUGGAAACCCUGCAUUUGGAUUAUGA